GAUCAUUCUAAAUUUCGUCGGUCAUUGGAUGCAGUGUUCUUACAAUGGAAAAUGAACACUCUAAUGAUAUUGUUUUCCAAGGUCAUACGGAUUCAGUAACAAGCUUAAGUUACAACGACCAACUUGAACAUGUCGUCUCAGUGAGUUGCGACCAAACACUGCGCGUGUGGUCUCUUAAAACGAGGGAACAAAUAGGUAUCACAUCAAAACAUGCUACACAACUCAACAGCGUAAACAUAGACAGUAAUGGGUUAAAUAUUAUAUCAAGUGGGAUGGAUUUUAGAACCUGUUUGUUUGAUUAUGAAACUUUAAAACUCAAGUUUGUCCUACUGAACGGAGGUGCAGUUACUGAUCAUUCAAUCACCAAGGAUGGUAAUUGUUUGGUAUGUGUUACUGAUAUCAGCUGCCAAAUGAACUUAUGGGAUUUAAGAUGGCGAAAGAAAGUUUUUUCGAUUCCAGAUAUUCACAAAAAUACACCAACAUGUUGUCUGUUUACUCCGAAUGAAAAUUGUGUAGUUACAACAUCAACAGAUGGAUCCACAAAAUGCACAGACUUGCGAUCUCUCAAAACAUUACUGACCUUGCGUGAUCAUAGGAAUGCUGUAUCAUCGGCAGCCAUCGCUAGAGACGGAAAGUUGCUGGUAACAACAUCAUGGGACAAAGCGGUUCAUCUAUACGACAUUGAGACUGGAAACUACAGGAGAGAGGGACCACAGAUUUUAGCUGAUGGUCACACUGGUUCUAUAAGUAGCUGUGAAAUAGACGAUAAUGGUAUCUAUUUGGCGACUGGAGGUCACGACAAGUGUGUUAUAUUAUGGGAUACUGAGAAAAAAGAAGUCAAGCUGUGUCUCAAGAGACAUACAGAUUGGAUUAAUGACGUAUACAUGACGAAAGAUGGGAAGUGGAUUCUAACAGCAUCAAAAGACAGACUGAUAAGGUCAUGGAAUAUGGAAGUGAUUGAGAGGUUGCCAUUUAGUUAUUUACCUGGCAAUGAGCAAACUGUUCUUACUUUAAAGUGCCCUAACUGUGAAAAAAACUUCAUCCAGACAGUAACAAGUGACUGGAGAAGGAGACCCAAGUGCUUAUUUUGUGACCUCGAUGCAAAGACAAACAAUUAAAAGAUAUGCGACUGACUAAGACGAUAUCAGCGCAACGAAAAGUCAGCGACAAAAUAACAAUAAAAGAUUUAAUGUCUAAGUAUUUUUUUAUAUUUGUUUUUUUUUAAAAUCUUAUAAAGCAAACAGUCAAAUAAUAUAUGUACAAAAAUUUACGAGCCCACAACGAGUAAAAACGUUCAAAAAGCACGGAUUGGGCUUUCGAUAUGUGUGUAUUUGCAAUCAGGGCAAAAGUGGUCCACCAAUUUAAAGUACCAAAAACCACUUAGACUAGAUGGGUAGUUAUGUUCGGUACACAAACAAGUGACUGAAUUAUUGUCGAAAUACCAGACCGAGCUGAACGUAAUCCAGUUCCGAACAGCGGAAAACCAUACUAUUGACGAGUUAAAUAAAUGCUGCAUGGUAUCUGCAUCAUUGUUGAACCAAAGGAAAUUUGGAUACAUCAAAAUUAGUCACACGUUGAAAGAAGCAAGUAGAACAGGUCAGUUUAUCUCAUAGAAAGGCACCAUAAAUAAAGAUUUAUCAACGGGAUCACAUGUAUCACCAAGGCUCGGGCAUUGUAGUUAGUUCACUCAACUCCUGAUCGGAACAAGAAGGGAAGAAAUGACGCUUGUAACCAAUCAUAUCAACCCAAGGGAGUAUAUGUAAAUACUGAUCAUCUAGGAUGAUUGAGUGUAAAUUUGUAGGAGAAAUACAAGCAUAUUCAGUUUCUGCACCUACUGUACACUUUUGGGGAGAGUUAUAUUCUGAAAUUUCUAUAGAACUGUUAUCACAGACAGUUACAUAACUGCGAUCAAGGCUAUGCCAGUCAAUGUUUUCCGGCAAACACGGUAGGUCAGGCCAAUCAUUCAUAAAAUUAGUCACAGGGGGGAAAACCGUUUUGUUUUUACGAUGGCUUUUUAGUUGGUUGGAAUGUAGUCUGGAAGGACCUAAUAUUUCAGCUUCAUCCUUGUGAUGUUUAUGCUUCUUUUUCUUUUUAACUUUCUGGGCGAUUGACGCAGUGUUGUUCUCAACAUCUUUGAAUAAUAGUCGAUUGGAUAUAUUUUCACUAUUAUAGCUUAUAGGACUUUGAUUAUUGAUAGAUGAAACGUUUACAAAAGGUAUAACACUUUUAACCGAAUCAGAAGUUAGGUUGUGAUCUUUUUCGUAUACAGCAGGACUUUCUCUACACUCUAAGGGUGUUUCCGAC